CUUCAACCCUCCUUCCGUCUUCCUCCUCUAGUCUUACCUCGUUGCACCUCAAGAAACUUGGCGCGCAACCAGGAAACCCCCUCUUCUCUCUCUCUCUCUCUCUCUCUCUCUCUGCCUUCUGAUUCCAAGCUCCCCAACUGCCCAGCACCAACCUGCCGAACUCCCCUCCUUUUUGUUGGUUUGUCGAAUUAUAAAUUGAGCCCGGCCGGCUGACUACCAUGAAGCCGCCAUCACUGGUGCACUGCUUCAAGCUGCUGGUCCUGCUGGCGCUCGCCAGGCUGACCAUGCACGUCCCCGACGAGGACAUGCUAUCGCCCCUCGGCGCGCUGCGCCUCGACGGUCAUUUCAGCUUCCAUGACGUCUCCGCCAUGGCGCGGGACUUCGGCAACCAGUGCAGCUUCCUGCCGGCCGCCGUGCUCCACCCAGGCUCGGUCUCCGAUAUCGCCGCCACCGUGAGGCACGUCUUCUCCCUGGGCGAGGGCUCGCCGCUCACCGUCGCGGCGCGCGGGCAUGGACACUCCCUCAUGGGUCAGUCCCAGGCCGCCCAGGGGAUCGUGGUCAGGAUGGAGUCGCUCCGGGGCGCUAGGCUCCAGGUCCACGACGGCUUUGUCGAUGCCCCCGGAGGAGAGCUCUGGAUCAAUGUCCUGCGUGAGACGCUGAAGCACGGCCUGGCACCCAAGUCGUGGACGGACUAUCUCCAUCUCACGGUCGGUGGCACCUUGUCUAAUGCGGGGGUCAGCGGCCAGGCGUUCCGCCACGGACCGCAGGUCAGCAAUGUCAAUCAACUGGAGAUUGUGACAGGAAGGGGAGACGUCGUUACCUGCUCACCCGAGGAUAACUCUGAUCUCUUCUAUGCUGCUCUCGGCGGUCUUGGUCAGUUCGGGAUCAUAACCAGAGCAAGGAUUGCACUUGAGCCUGCUCCAGAGAUGGUGAGGUGGAUAAGAGUUCUUUACUCGGAUUUUGAAAGCUUCACCGAAGACCAGGAGAUGUUGAUCAUGGCAGAGAACUCCUUUGACUACAUUGAAGGUUUUGUCAUCAUAAACAGGACAGGCAUCCUCAACAACUGGAGGGCGUCCUUCAAGCCACAGGACCCAGUCCAAGCAAGCCAUUUCCAGUCAGAUGGAAGAGUGCUAUACUGCCUCGAACUAACCAAGAACUUCAAUAGUGGCGACACUGAUACCAUGGAACAGGAAGUUGCUGUACUGCUAUCUCGGCUUAGAUUCAUACAGUCUACUCUAUUCCACACCGAUGUCACGUACCUGGAGUUUUUGGACAGGGUGCACACCUCUGAGCUGAAGCUGAGGGCACAAAGCCUCUGGGAAGUUCCACACCCUUGGUUGAAUCUUCUGAUACCGAGGAGCUCAAUCCGCAGAUUUGCUACGGAAGUCUUUGGCAGGAUCCUGAAAGAUAGCAACAAUGGUCCUAUAUUGCUUUAUCCAGUGAACAAAUCAAAGUGGGACAACAAAACGUCAGUGGUCAUACCAGAUGAGGAAAUUUUCUACCUAGUGGGAUUCCUUUCUUCAGCACCGUCUCUCUCAGGUCACGGCAGCAUUGCACAUGCGAUGAGCCUGAACAGCCAAAUAGUAGAGUUCUGUGAAGAGGCUGAUAUUGGGAUGAAACAGUAUCUAGCACACUACACCACACAGGAGCAGUGGAAAACCCACUUUGGAGCAAGGUGGGAGACAUUUGAACGGAGGAAACACAGAUAUGAUCCCCUAGCCAUCCUAGCACCAGGACAGAGAAUAUUCCCAAAGGCGUCACUCCCAUUGUCUUUGUGACGGUUCCUGCUAUUUAAAGGCUUCUGUAGAGCAUACAUUGUACAAAAGUGUAGGUAAAAGUAUCCCCUGUAAAGACAAUAUCUACGGAAGGUAGCUAGCCUGAAGAACACAGCAUAGCGACUUUUUCAGUGGCCAAAGAUACCUCAAAGCAGUACUUCAAUGUGGAGCAACGUCACCUGAACCCUGAAGGUGGUGAGUGCAACUUUGGAGGCAAUCACUGGUAGUGGAGCCUGGAGGGUUGUAGCGGUCCAAGGAACCUGUCUGUUGUUACAGCGUUGAGAUGAGCUGUGCUGAUCAACUGAUCACUAACCAGUGUCCCGAGGAAAUCAUGUUGGUCUGUAUGUAUUUUCCGUUAACAACAGUGCAGAAGUUUGCAUGAGGGUAGUGCAUUGAUUAGCAAAUAGCACUGCCUGUUAUUUCACUUGUAACUGGCAUCUCAUCUCAAGGAGAGCCUGCGUAACUGUAGCAGGUUAUAUUGUUUUCCAUGAGUCAGAAACUCAGAAUAUUAAUGCUCGUGCAAAAACAGUGUAGUCGCUUAUCAAUCAUGGUGUUCAGAAACAGAAAAACUCUUGGAAUUCUCUCAACUUGUUCAUUAAAUGUUAGCAACCUAUAGUGUGAGCUUGGAUAACAAAUAAGAAAUCAAG